AAAGGCUCCGCCGACCCUCCGAAGCUCUCUGAAAGAACGACCUUCGACGUAGACUGACUACAACGAACACAUCAUGUCUCAACCAGAUCCCCUCAGUUGGACUCUCUUGUUCAAGAAGCACAGAACCACUGUCCUUCUAAUGCUUCCUCCUUCCGAAACGGUCGCUGCUGCUAAAAGUGCGCUGCUCAAAGCCCUUCAAGCUCGCGAACUGAGAGACAUAAAUGGCGAUGUCGUUCCAGCGGAUGCCUCUGAGAUUGAGCUUGGAGUCCCAGUGGACAAGAAUGACCUAGAGAAAGGCUGGAUAAAGCUUGAGGUUGAGGUUGCCGACUUCGAUGUUGCUGAUACGCCCAAACGAGGAACCGGCAAGAAUGCAGCCGGCUCCUUGACCCUACUAGCUGCAGAUAUUAAGAAUGGCCAGUCGCUUGCCUUCAGAUUUCGGAAGCCUGCGACCGAGGAGCCCGAGAAGAGUGAUGAGUUGGCGGAUUUAGACCUGGAAGACCCCGGCUGGGAUGUUGUCCUGCCUGCCUUUGAGGACGAUGAAGAGGAUCGAAAUUGAGCGUGAUUUUUCCAAAACGUCAGUAAAGGCCUACACAAAGAUCGUCUAUUGGUCGCAUGCGGAACCCAGCAUUGACAUGCCAGUCAUGAUCAGAAUGGAUUACUGGCCACUUGUGAACCUAGAGUUCCUUUGAUAUUGGGCUAACGAAUAACGACCUGAAUAUGCAUCUACCCUCUCUGAGAUGCGACACAACAAGUCAGAUACGUUUUAUGAAUCCUUUGAACGACUCUGGCGCAUGGCUCAUUCUGAUGGAUAACGAAAGACCUGUGACGUUUCGUGGUAGGCUCAUCUUAGGCCUGACAUGUUCUCUUCUGAUUUCAUGACCACUCGUUUCAUGCGGUACGUCAUAAUAUUAUUCGAUCUG